AAGAGAAAGGUGAGGGGAUGAUUUUUGCAAUUCACUCAAACUCAGGCAUAUACUUUUUCUAAAGGGGCGAUUAUCAGAUUAUGUUGCCAUUGUGUAUUAAAUAAAGAUAAGGUCAGGAACAGCCAUGGAAGCCGAGAAGAGCUUGGAGAUUUAUGAAUUCGGUCCCUGUGAAGAUUCCUACCAAAUGGGUUUCUCCAUUGGCAACCAUUUCUCCAACCUCAUAAGAAGCAGACUCUCCACGGACUCCAUAUUCAACCACCAACUUCUCCCUUUCUCUCAAACCCCACAAGCACAGUCCCUACUCCAUUCUCUCUCCCACAACAAUUCCACCAAGUUCCCAGAUUACUGGAAUGAAAUGCGAGGAAUCGCAAAUGGAUCUGGAGUCCCUUUUCUUCAUAUUAUGAUUUUAAACUUCCGGAAAGAGAUUCUCCCGUUCAUCCCAAAGUCAGAAAAAAUUGAAGAUGAAGAGACGAUUGAUGACUGUUCAGAUAUUCUUGUUGUUAGUGAUACAAUGGCUGUUGCAGCUCAUAACGAAGAUGCUAAUGUCGCUCUUGUCGGCCAUACAUAUCUGAUUAAAGCAACACUAUCUAAUGGAUUAUCUUACACAGCUUACACAUACGCAGGCGAGCUCCCAAGCUGCGCAUUUGGUUUCAAUAACCAUGGUCUGGCAUUUACACUAAACUCAGUACCACCAACCGAUUCAGAGAUUGUAGCAGGUGGGAUUGGCCGGAACUUCAUUUCUAGAGACCUUCUUGAAGCUACAAGCAUCGAUGAUGCAAUUAGUAGGAUUCGUUCAUCACAAGUUUCAAUCGGACACAGCUAUAAUUUGUUAGAUGUAAACUUAAGAAAGAUCCUGAACGUUGAGACUGCAUCAAGUCAACGAAUUUCAGUUCAUGAAAUCGGGUCAACCCCUUUCUUCCAUGCCAAUAUGUACAUUCAUCUUCAAGUAAACCAGGUACACGAUCAGAACUCAAUAAGCAGACAAAACCGAGCAGCUUUGCUUCCCAAAAAGUCAAAGGUUGACCUUCUUUCACUCCUUGGAGACUCGGGUGAUCAAGAGUAUCCUAUCUAUAUGCAAGGUCCAACCCUUUACACCUUAUGUACGGCUGUGAUUGAUUUGGAUGAAAGAACAAUGACAAUAAUCAAAUCCAAUCCAAAACAAGGCGUAGUCUCGUAUAUUUUCAAGAUCGCUUAAUGUUCAUAAAUCUUUGUUUAUUUGAUUGUUUUGACAAUUUUGUAAGGAAUAUAAGCAUAUUAUGGUAUUGAAAACUGGAAAAACAUGUUACAAUGAUA